UUAUUAUUAUUAUAUCAAAAUACUAAAAUUAAUUGUUUUUUGAAAAAAAAUCAAAUUUGAAUGAAAAACAGUUUAACUGUGCCAAACGGGCACUUGCCGGCUGAAGACAACCGGCGUUUUGUCUGAUCUACUUGUCUUUCUCUGCAAAUCUAGCGUUUCUUUAGAGAACCCAUUUAUUCGAAGAAUUUAGGGUUUUGUAGACUUUUAGAUUAAGAAUGCUGCAAUCUUAUUAGUGUUUCAAAAAAUUCGUUGUUGAAGAAGCAAUCGAAAUCUAGUGUUCAAUGCACGGGUCAUCGAGUGCAGUGGCGCAACCAGAGGCCAUACUAGAAUGGUUGCAAAAGGAGAUGGGGUAUAGGCCAUUAGGACCGUACAGUGCCACCACAAGCAAAUCUCCAUUGCCUUCAAUUGAUGCGAUGAGGAAAAUUUGUCGUGGAAAUAUGAUACCCAUUUGGGGAUUUUUGGUAAAGAGAGUGAAAUCGGAGAAAACGGUGGAGAAUAUAAGGAAGAACAUAUUGGUACAUGGUAGUGGUGGUGGUUUGGUAAAUGCUGGGAAAGAUGAGGGGAGAAGUAAAGGAGGGAGGAGGAAGGAGAAGGUGGGCGGGGAGAGUGGGGGUGGUUCGAGCAUGCCGGAGAGUAGGGAGGUGGCAUUGCAAGAAAGGGAAAUGGCGGCGAAGGAGGUUGAGAGGUUGAGGAGUAUUGUUAGAAGGCAGAGGAAGGAUUUGAGGGCUAGAAUGAUUGAGGUUUCGAGGGAGGAGGCCGAAAGGAAGCGUAUGCUUGAUGAGCGUGCUAAGAAUAGGCACAAACAGGUCAUGCUGGAGGCUUACGACCAGCAAUGUGACGAGGCAGCAAAAAUAUUUGUGGAGUAUCAUAAACGUCUUCAACAACAUGUUGAUCAAGCGAGGGAUGCUCAAAGGUCAAGCAUUGACAGUUCUAUUGAAGAAGUUAGCAGUUUCAGUGCAAACAGUGAGAAGGAAGCUGUUUAUUCAACCGUUAAGGGCACUAAAUCUGCUGAUGAUGUCAUUCUAAUUGAAACAACUUGUGAAAGAAAUAUCCAGAAGGCAUGUGAAUCUCUUGCAGUUUAUAUGGUCGAGAGAAUACGCAACUCUUUCCCUGCUUAUGAAGGAAGUGGCAUUCAUUUGAAUCCUCAAUCAGAAGCAGCCAAGUUGGCCAUUAAUUUUGAUGGGGAAAUACCUGAUGAUGUUAGAACUGUUAUUGUGAAUUGCCUGAAGAAUCCUCCUCUCUUACUCCGGGCAAUUACUGCAUACACUUCACGACUGAAAACUUUGGUUUCUAGAGAAAUUGAAAAAACUGAUGUUAGAGCUGAUGCAGAACUCUUAAGAUACAAAUACGAGAACAACAGAGUAAUGGAUGUUUCUUCUACUGACACAAACUCAUCAUUACACCACCAGCUUUGUGGCUAUGGGACGAUUGCAACAGACAUGACUUAUAGAGGAUCACAAAAUCAGCUUCUUGAAAGACAGAAAGCCCAUGUUCAGCAAUUUUUGGCCACUGAAGAUGCACUCAAUAAAGCUGCAGUAGCCAGGGACUUGUGUCAGAAGCUUUUAAAACGAUUGCAUGGAACUGGUGAUGAAGUUUCUUCCAACUCAAUUGUUAGUGGAGGCACAACACAGAACGUGAGCAGUCUGAGGCAAUUCGAGUUGGAGGUUUGGGCCAUGGAGAGGGAAGCUGCUGGACUGAGGACAAGCUUGAAUACAUUGAUGUCUGAAACACAACGCUUAAAUAAAUUGUGUGCAGAGAGGAAAGAGGCUGAAGAUUCUUUGAGAAAGAAGUGGAAGAAGAUUGAAGAGUUUGAUGCAUGCAGAUCUGAACUUGAAGCUAUAUAUACCGCUCUACUGAAGUUUAACAUGGAGGAUGCGGCAGCAUUCUGGAAACGACAACCAUUGAUUGCAAGGGAGCAUGCAUCAAUUACUAUCAUCCCAGCAUGUACAAUUGUUGUGGACAUUGCAAACAGUGCCAAAGAUCUUAUUGAUAAAGAAGUUAAUGCCUUCUCACGAUGUCCUGAUAAUAGUCUUUACAUGCUUCCUUCAACUUCACAGGCACUGUUGGAGUCCAUGGGUUCUAAUGGAUCUACGGGACCUGAAGUUGCUGCUGCUGCAGAGAAGAAUGCUGCUUUAUUGACAGCAAGAGCUGGCGCUAGGGAUCCAUCAGCAAUUCCAUCAAUAUGCCGUGUGUCUGCUGCCCUUCAGUAUCCUGCUGGUUUGGAGGGUUCGGAUGCUGGUUUAGCUUCAGUGUUAGAGUCCCUGGAGUUCUGUUUAAAACUUCGUGGUUCUGAGGCUAGUGUGUUGGAGGACUUGGCAAAGGCAAUCAAUCUGGUCCAUAUUCGGCAUGAUCUAGUUGAAAGUGGUCAUGCAUUGUUGAACCAUGCAUACCGUUCUCAACAAGAAUAUGAAAGGACAACAAAUUUUUGCUUGGACUUGGCCAAUGAGCAAGAGAAAAUUGUCGUAGAGAAAUGGUUACCUGAGCUUAAGACUACAGCUUUGAAUGCCCAAAAGUGCUUGGAAGAUUGCAAGUACGUGAGAGGUUUGCUUGAUGAUUGGUGGGAGCAACCAGCAUCUACUGUUGUUGACUGGGUUACAGUUGAUGGACAAAAUGUUGCUGCUUGGCAUAAUCACGUCAAGCAACUUCUUGCAUUUUAUGAUAAAGAGCUCAUGUGAACAAGAUCUUUGUGCACUUUUCCUUGUUUGACUGAUUUUUUUUACCACUUCAUGUCAAUACGGAAAAUUACAUUUGGGUCGCAUGGGAUACACUUGAGAAUGUGAUGAAGAGAUCUUCGAUGAUAUCUUUCUAUUUAGUUUGCAGGAUGAGGGAGGAGGCGGUUGGAUGGAUUUGGUAUGUGUACAUGAGGGUAGACAGAGGCAAUCAAGCACCAUCGAUUGGAAUACUAGUCAAAGCAUCCUCCAUUGGCUUAGAACGUGAAAGGGAGGUGGUGGUGGAUUUCUGUACUCUGCUUUUUGGUUGAGGUAUCUUGGCCUAUUGUCUCCCUUUCCCACUAAUUUUGUACAGACUGGUUGGUUAGUGUACUAUAGGUCAUCUGUUAUCAUUAAAAGUUAUGAGGCGGUUCAUGAUUUGCUUGUUGUUUAUUCAGUCUAUAUAUGGCUUAUAAAAAAGUCAUUUCUCCUGUAUUGAUGAGUGGAGCUGUGCCUAAUCUCUUUUAUAAUGGAAGUUAGGAGGAAGUGUGUUCCAUGGCGUGGAAGAACAAUCAAAAUAUUACUGACUGAAGGCUCAGAGCCAGAAGGGAUGGCUCACCUGCUGUCCUAAAUUUGUAAGGCUUUCUUUUUUUUAUUUAUCGUAGUUGUCAGAAUGGAUUUUAACA